AUGGAACUGAAGGUAAUUCUACUGGCGGUGCUCUCGUUCUUAUACCAUUCAAACGGAGCCGUGUAUGAACUGGUUGUCUACGAUGAGUAUAUAUUCAGCAGUUGUCCUGAUCCUGCGCCCGGCACACUAGACAUACAUGGCUUCUUGGACCUUUCCGAGUUCUCAACUGAAAUGGAUUCGGAUGGAGGAGUGACUGUUAGCGGAAACACGACAUUGGUGUGGGACAUCCAAUUGGGGGAUCGCGUAGAGUUCGCAGUAAAACUUUUCUAUCUGGAUAGAGGCACCUGGACGCCGACAAUGUUUUCCGUGCUCAUUCGGGAUUUCUGCAAAGUUAUGUACGACAAAAAUCAAAUAUGGUAUAAUGUCUGGACACGACAUAUUACCAACGAUAUCAAGGAUAAAUGUGUUAAUGUUCCAGGGAUGAAAAUAAUGUUGGAGAAAUAUGUUCUGAACUUGACAGUCACGGGUCCGAUACGUGAUGGUCGCCACAAAGCCUACGUAACGUUCCGAGCUUUCGACGCUUUCAAUGUCGAAAGGCCAACAAGCAUAUGCUAUGAGAUAAUAAGCGACCUUUAUAAAGUUCAGAAAUAAUAAUGUAUACUUUAUAAUAAUAUUUCAAUAGUUUUUCGCCAAACGUCCAACGUGCACAAGCUACACCAGUAAAUCGAAGGCGUACUUUGUUUGUGCAUUAUUAUUAAAGAAAAUUACUC